CGCCAAGUUUAAAUGGUCUUUGUUUUGGAAUCGCUUCCCUGCCCCCUCGUCUUAAAAUCGGAAGCUUUAAAAAUGUAUGACAGUAAAUCGACUGUUAAUAUGGAGGAAAACGAGUUUACACCGUUGACGGUCCCCACGGAUUAUUUCCAACAGUGGUACCAGUCGAGCCAGCAGCACCCCGAGGUGCAGCAUGUCUUGUCCCACAACAGCCACUACAUCGAGGGCACCAAGGAUGAGCCUGUCAUGGCAGAGUUGUCGGUGCACCGGGAGCAGCCCCUCUACCAGGAGCAGUUUUUUCAGAAUUACUCCAACUACCAGGAGCCCGUCUAUCAGCAGGAGCAGCAGCAGCAUCCUGCUUACCUACAACAACAACAAUAUACAGUCCAACAACAGGAGACGCAAUAUCAACACACUGUACAACAACAACAACCUCAAUAUCAAAAUACAACGCAACAAGAGGAGCCUAAUGUUCCCCACCAACCUCCACCGGCCAAUCCACCCCAAGUAAUGACGCCAGCAAAGAAGAAGCGAGGCCGCCCGCCAAAGAUUCAGCGUGAAGAAGGAAUAGUGGUAAAAGAGGAAGAGGAAAACGCCAGCGAAACAGCGGCCAAAAAAGCCAAAAGGAUGCUCAACCGCUUCAACGGCAUGUCAGUGGCUGAGGUUAUGGCCAAAACGCUGCCUGACGUUAUUACCUACAAUCUUGACAUUUUGAUUAUUGGUAUUAACCCGGGACUAAUAUCAGCCUACAAAGGACACCAUUACCCCAACCCUGGGAACCAUUUCUGGAAGUGUUUGUUUCUGUCUGGUUUCACUGAACAGCAGCUGAACUUUAUGCACGAUGAGAGCUUGCCGGAAAAAUAUGGCAUAGGCUUCACCAACAUGGUAGAGAGGACCACGCCGGGCAGCAAAGACCUUUCGAGUAAGGAGAUCCGCGAAGGAGGGCGACAACUGCUUGAGAAACUGCAAAAAUACAAGCCGCUGAUUGCAGCUUUUAAUGGAAAAGGUAUUUACGAAAUCUUCUGCAAGGAAAUUUUUGGUGUGAAGGCAAAGAACCUGGAUUUUGGAUUGCAACCGUACAAGAUCCCAGACACUGAAACCGUGUGCUACUUGAUGCCCUCCUCCAGCCCACGGUGCGCUCAGUUCCCCCGCGCGCAAGACAAAGUGCACUUCUACAUUAAGCUGAAGGAACUACGAGACCACAUGAAAGGCACAGUUCCCAAACAUGAGGUGCUGGAGACAAACUAUUCUUUUAACCUAGAGAAGGCUAAAGAAGAUGCAAAGAGACUCGCCAUCAAAGAGGAGCAGAUGGAUCCUGAGUAUGAAAGCUGCAGCGGUCAGAAUGUGCAGAGAAAUCCAGGAAACUCUUUCUGAAAUCACAUCUUGCAGCCAGCACACAAGAGGAAUCAUACAGCUUACUGUAGAUUUUUAGUGUAGUAAUGCACUAACUAAGGACUGCAGAUGGCUGUUUGAUCCGGCCCCUCACUGUGCAUGUACUGUACUAGGUGUAAUAUUUUCCACUAUUUAUUGUAUUUAGCAUCAUUUUUUCAUUUGCUUACUUAUUUUUGUACUGUAUUUUGAAAUAACGGAAUUUUAUGUGUUAUAUGUGUAAAGCAAGUAAUUCAAAUCUACGAUUUCGAAUAAAAUCGUAAU